UAUGCUGGCUCUUGAUCGCAAUCGCGGCGUCGACCAAUUUGAGGAGGUUCGUUUUAUUCACGAACUUGAUCCGGUUGUUCUCUCUCGUGCAAAUCUCAUUCGACUGGCGGAGAAGGCAGAAAAUUUUGACGAACUUGUCAAAAACUGCUAUGUUCGAAUGUUGACAAAGACGGACAAAGUGACGUUCCACGCUAUCUAUCGUAUUAUUGGGGUUCCUAUUGGCAAGUCAAAGUAUGCGAAGCGUAUUCGGGUUGAUAAUCAGGCUGAACGAAUUCUUGAAAGUACCGCUGUGGAUCCAAUGACUCAAGAGGAAUUUGAUGUUUGGUACAAAAAUGCUAAACUCAAAACGGUUUCAACCUCUGCCCACAAUUCGUUGGAUCAGGCAGCGUUCUGA